AUGUUCAAGCGUAUCGUAUCCGUCGCCCCCCGUGUGGGCGUCGCUGCUCCUCGCGCCUUUGCUCCCCUCGCCGGCGUGCAAUCCGUCCAGCCCGUCCAGCGUACUUCAGCACCUGCUCCCUCGCAGCGAAGAGGCUACCACGAGAAGGUCCUGGACCACUACAACAACCCCCGCAAUGUCGGCUCGAUGAAGAAGGGUGACCAGGAUGUCGGCACCGGUCUCGUCGGCGCCCCCGCCUGUGGCGAUGUCAUGAAGCUCCAGAUCCGUGUCGACAAGGAAACCGGUCGCAUCGAUGACGUGGUCUUCAAAACCUUCGGCUGCGGCAGUGCUAUCGCUUCCUCAAGCUAUCUGACCGAGCUAGUCCGGGGCAUGACCCUCGACGAGGCUGGCAAGAUCAAGAACACCGAUGUCGCCAAGGAAUUAUGCCUUCCUCCCGUUAAGCUCCACUGCUCCAUGCUUGCCGAGGAUGCUAUCAAGUCCGCCAUCUCCGACUACUACACCAAGAACCCCAAGGCCAAGUCCACCGACCUCUCCGGCACCGGUGCGGCUAUCCCCCGACGUCAAGGUCGAGGUUGA